AACUGCAUUGUCCCCUCCACAUUCAGGGUUCCCUACUAGUUUUCUUUGAUAAAGUUUAUUACUACUCAGCUAUUUUGACUUAUUCACGAUUUUCCUCUCGUGUACCUUCUUCAUUCAUUAGCCUUACUUACAUUUAACAUUUUAUAAUUGAUCUGUGAUGAUUUAAUUUGGGUCAAAAACGAGCAGAGUGAUACAAUAAUGGUAUUCAAAUGGAAACAAUCAAAAAAGGAGGAACAGCCCCCACAACAUGUUGGCAGGGGUUCAUUAAGAUCUGACGACUACGAUGAAUGGGAUUCCAGGUUUAUGCUAAGGUCUGAUCACGAUGAUUUUGGUGGUGGCUACAAUGAUAAAUGGGGGAAGAAUAGUUGGUUUAAACCGUCUUGUAUCCCGAUAACUAUCAUACUACUUCUUAUUGUACUUGUUGUACUAUUACCAUUACUCGAUGCAGCCGAAAAACAAAGCAGGUCGGAAGAGCUUAAAUUAAUUAUGAACAAAUGCCAGCAACAUUGUGUUUUCAGCUUAGUGGAAACGAUACCAGAAGGAAUGGUGUACAAAAAUGGAACGACACCUUUUCCUUCUACAUUUGAUGUCUGGAAAGAAAUGAUACUGAGUGCCAACAGUUCAUUAGAAAUUGCAUCUUUCUACUGGACUUUAAGAGAUGGAGAUGUUUCCAGAGAACCCGGUUUAACUAAAUACCCUUCAUCAGACAAAGGCGAAGAAAUUUUUGCCAAGUUGUUGGAAAUUGGACAAGGCGGUAAGGUCAAUGUGAAAAUUGUCCAGAGUGAGCCAUCAAAAAUGACCCCUAACACUGAUACAGAAGUGUUAAGCAAAAAAAAAGCUGCCGAAGUAAGGAGUUUGAACUUACCAAGAUUGAUUAGUGGCAAUGGUGUUCUUCAUACGAAGCUUUGGAUCGCCGAUAGAAAGACAGCUUACAUCGGUAGUGCUAACACCGAUUGGCGAUCAUUAACACAAGUUAAAGAAAUGGGAAUUUACAUUAAGAAUUGUACUUGUCUCAUUGAGGAUCUAGGAAAAAUUUUCAAUGUGUAUUGGAUAAUGAGUGUUCCAGAUGCAAAGAUCCCUUCAAAUUGGCCGAAAGAUUUGUCAACGAUAUUUAACAAUAAUAAUCCAAUGCAGUUAUUUCUUAAUGAUACCAAAACAUCUGUCUACUUAUCGAGUUCACCACCUGAACUUUGUCCACCAGGAAGAGAAAACGAUGGAAAUAGUAUUGUGAAAACUAUCAGCAAGGCUGAAAAAUUUAUUUAUGUUGCUGUAAUGGACUAUGUACCAUUAAGGAUAUAUACCCCAAAACCUAAAUUUUGGCCAAUGAUUGAUAAUGCGUUGAGAGCGGCUGCAAUCGACCAAAAAGUGGAAGUGAGGCUGUUGAUAAGCUCAUGGAAUCACACUUCAAAAGAAGAAAAGUAUUUUUUGCAAUCCAUUGUUGAUAUUACAAACUCAUUCAAGAACGUUAAGGUGUCUGUGAAACUAUUCGUCGUUCCAAGUUCAGCAGAUCAAAGCAAAAUACCUUAUGCAAGGGUCAAUCAUAAUAAAUACAUGGUCACAGACAACAUUGCUUACAUAGGAACUUCCAACUGGUCAGGUGAUUACUUCAUAGACACAGCAGGUGUUGGGGUUAUUAUUGAAGGAGACACAUUUAUUAGAAAAGACCUGGAGGAUGUUUUCCUGAGAGAUUGGAAUUCCGAAUUUGCACAUUUCAUGAAUUGAAUAAAGACAUGACGACUGAGUUGAAAAUUCUGUCAUAUAAGCAUUGUUUUUAUUCCAAGUUAUUGCUUUAAAAUACAUACGUUGUCAAUUGCUAGAGAUAAAAUUGUAUUCAAAGCCAUGUCAGAUAAACGUGUUUAUUAAAUACAUUUAUAAUAUAUUUUGUUAA